AUGUUGUUCGAAAACCUGAUCAUACUAACGACGUCAGUCGCUGUUUUAGUCGGAUUUUUCAUAGUUUUGUCACGAAGGAGAUCGUAUGAAAAGAAGUCCCGUAAGGCUUUGGAGCUACCAAGUAUCGUUGUGCCGAAGACACAGCUAGAGCAGGUGCUUGAUGACAAAACGAAGAAGAAGGUUACUAUUUUCUAUGGAACGCAAACUGGAACGGCUGAGGGUUUCGCUAAGGCAUUGUAUGAAGAAGCGAAAGUGCGAUAUGAAAAGGUCGAGUUUAAAGUAAUUGAUUUGGAUGAUUAUGCUGCUGAUGACGAUGAGUACGCAGAGAAACUAAAGAAAGAGACCAUUUCUUUCUUCUUCUUGGCCACAUAUGGAGAUGGUGAGCCCACUGAUAAUGCUGCAAGAUUUUACAGAUGGUUCACCGAGGGAGAUGAGAAAGGAGUUUGGUUAAAGCAACUUCAAUACGGAGUAUUUGGUCUCGGCAACACACAGUAUGAACAUUUCAACAAGAUUGCAAAAGUGGUUGAUGACGCUCUCACAGCACAAGGUGCAAAUCGCAUCCUUCCGAUUGGCCUUGGAGAUGAUGAUCAUUUAAUCGAAGAUGAUUUUGAUACAUGGAAAGAGUUAGUGUGGCCCGAAUUGGACCUAUUGCUUCGUGAUGAAGAUGACAAAAAUGCUACUACUCCUUACACUCCGUACACUCCUUACACAGCUGCCAUUCCUGAAUACCGAGUUAUGUUUCAUGACAAACCUCGUGCACCUACUUUAGAUCGUAGUUUGACAAAUCGUCGUGAUGUUCAUGAUGCUCAACAUCCAUGCAGAUCCAAUGUGGCUGUUAAAAAGGAGCUUCAUACCCCCGAAUCUGACCGUUCUUGCACUCAUCUUGAAUUUGACAUAUCUCACACUCAACUGUCAUAUGAAACUGGCGAUCAUGUUGGCGUCUACUCUGAAAACCAGAUUGAAAUAGUGGAGGAGGCCGAAAGAUUGAUAGGAUUACCGGCAGAUACAUAUUUCUCUCUACACACUGAUAACGAAGAUGGAACGCCACUUGGUGGACCUUCUUUACAACCUCCUUUCCCGCCAUGCACUUUAAGAAAAGCAUUAACUAAAUAUGCAGAUUUGUUGUCUUCUCCUAAAAAGUCAACUUUGCUUGCUCUAGCUGCUCAUGCUUCUGAUCCCACUGAUGUCGAACGGCUAAGAUUUCUUGCAUCUCGUGCUGGAAAGGAUGAAUAUGCUAAGUGGGUUGUUGCAAACCAAAGAAGCCUUCUUGAGGUCAUGGAGGCUUUUCCAUCAGCUAGACCUCCACUCGGGGUUUUCUUUGCAGCUAUUGCCCCGCGUUUACAGCCUAGAUACUACUCUAUUUCUUCCUCCCCAAUGAUGGCACCCGAUAGGAUUCAUGUUACAUGCGCAUUAGUUUAUGAGAAAACGCCUGCAGGCCGCAUCCACAAAGGGGUCUCUUCAACCUGGAUGAAGAAUGCAGUACCUAUGACUGAAAGUCAAGAUUGCAGUUGGGCUCCCAUUUUUGUUAGAACAUCUAACUUCAGACUUCCUACUGAUCCUAAAGUCCCGCUUAUCAUGAUUGGCCCUGGAACUGGAUUGGCUCCUUUCCGGGGUUUUCUUCAAGAAAGAUUAGUUCUCAAGGAAGCUGGAACUGAGCUUGGAUCAUCCAUUUUGUUCUUUGGUUGUAGAAAUCGUAAAGUGGAUUUCAUAUAUGAGGAUGAACUGAACAAGUUUGUUGAUAGUGGUGCUCUUUCUGAGCUCAAUGUUGCUUUCUCUCGCGAAGGGGCCGUUAAGGAAUAUGUUCAACAUAAAAUGGCCCAAAAGGCUUCGGAUAUCUGGAACCUGCUUUCUGAGGGUGCUUAUUUAUACGUUUGUGGUGAUGCCAAAGGCAUGGCUAAAGAUGUACACCGCGCCCUUCACACCAUCGUCCAAGAACAGGGAUCUUUAGACUCUGCUAAAGCAGAGGUGUAUGUUAAGAAUCUACAAAUGUCAGGAAGAUACCUCCGUGAUGUUUGGUAAUCAUCCACUCACCAAAAGUUGUCACAAGAUAUCAUCAUCUCUUAUUUCUACAUAAAUUUUUGGUUCUUGCAAUUUAAAUACUUAUGUAAUUUAUUGUUAAAACAUUGGUACUUGUCAUGUAAUGUUAUAUGAAUAA